AGCAAAACAUGGAACGAUGCUAAGGCUUUCUGCCGAGCCACAUACACUGACCUGGCUAUCAUCAAAACUAAUGAAGAGAUGGCCCAUCUUCAGAACUUAUUACAGACACAACAAUUCGGAUCCAAUGCUUGGAUUGGACUGUACACUAACAUCAACAAGUGGCAAUGGACAUUGGACAAUGAGCCGCUUGGAAGCUUUACACCUUGGUCUAAUGGGGAGCCUAAUGACUGGCUAGGAAAUGAACGUUGUCUCUUUAUGUACCAGAUGGUAUGGGUUGAUGCACCAUGUGAAUGGCAGAAACCAUUUGUGUGCUUUGAUGACAGGAAGACUGGAGCUGACAGGUACAUUCUUAUUAAUCAGUAUAAGAUGUGGUAUGAUGCUCAGAGUUACUGUAGGCAGUACCAUACAGACCUGGCCAGUGUGAGAAACACAACAGAAAACUUAAUUGUUGGGACCAUGAAAUAUUGGACCUGGACUUGGAUUGGCCUUGUGAGAGACCCCUGGUAUUGGACAGACCAGACCACCAAUGUGUCUGUCAUUAAGUGGUCAUUUGGAUCAGUUAAUGAUUACGUGAAUAAAAGUUGUGUCUAUUUAUAUGGUGGUCUGUCUCAGGCUAAUGUAGAACAGUGCUCAAACCCAAUGCCUUUCUUAUGUUACGUAUUCCCAACACAGAAGAAGACCAUAAGAAUGAAGCUGAAGUCCAGUCAGGAUGUGAAUGAUCCUACAAUAAUGACAGCUAUUGAGGAGAAGCUCAAGCAGAAACUGAAGGAUUAUGGAAUGGCUGAGAGCAUCACUGUGACAUGGAGAAAGCAACCAGAUGGAGUGGUGUUUCACAAGGAGGAGUAAAACAUUACUGCAGUGACUAACACUAGGGAGACUUGUGAUCUCUAAAUCUCAAAUAGUGUAAAUUCUGUAGUGCACUGAUUACUUUUAGUUUGCUGACACAGAGUGUGUGUAAUAUUUUAGAGUUCUUUAAUAGAACUUUUACUAGUAAAAGAUCCCUGAGUUACCAAUUUCUGUGUAAAUGUAGUCACAAAAACAUUAGAUAUAAUUGUAUGCUAAAUCUUUGCUUGUAUCAGUAUGGGAUUUUUUUUCACUUCUACUUGUAAGACAGUUAAUUUAGAUUUGAUUUCAUUCUGUCUUUUAAAUGUUCAAUUUAUUAACUGUUUCUUCUUUCUUUAUAAGACUAUAUAUUUUAAUCAGACACUGAAUGUCAUGCUGUAUUAUAGUACAUAUAUUCAUUGUUCGUAAACCAACAGCCCUCUAUAUGAUCAGGAAUAUUUAUUUAGUUUUAGUAUUUGUGGAAUGAUAGUUAACUAUUGAAUAUUUUCAUUAUAUCAUACUAUUAUAUAUAUUAUAUAAACAUUUAGACUUCUUUGAGCAGAAUUAAUUCUGUACUGUCAAGGUGUAGAAAAGAAAUGAGAUUGAUGAGAUUUCAGAUUUUUCUUUAUGUUCUAUGCAGAA